AUGAAAACUAGGAGCGGAACCGACACUCACGAGGAUAACGCCACCUCGCGCGGUCACAAGAGACAGUCGAGCAAGACGGACUCUGCGCCAGAGCCCAAGACCAAACAGGCCAAGACAACUGAUGCUCGCCCUUCGACGCCAGAUGGACAGAAGCCCACACUUACAGAGAAAGACCUCGAGUUCGACUUCGACCACUCUCAGAUCCGGGAUCCGCGAGCAACGCCGGGUCGCGUCAAGCGUCCCCGGUAUGAGGAGCGCGAACUAGGUGAGGACUUUCUGUCAAAGUUCCACAUCCCCAAGCAUAGAAACAAGCAUACGGACCCAUUGUAUUCAUUCUACGAUCUACAUCGAUGUCACCUGGAUGAAGCCAGUGGCCUACAACAAGAAAUCAAUGGUCAAUGGCAUGGAGCGGCUUUGAAGAGAGUCGAAGAUGAGACCAAGAAAAUCUACGACAGCUUCUUUAUCGAUGGAAAGGGCCCUGAGGGUGAAAUGGGCAGCACGCAGGUCAUGGAUCAGAUCAAAGAUCAGGUCUCCAAGGAUCUCGGGGUCCCCUGGCACCAGAUCGAUCCGAAGCAGCUGAAGAAAUGGGAAGAUCAGGGGUUUGCCAAGGUGGACGCGGAUAAGUGGUGGCAUCGGCCAAAUCAAGUUGAGCGCGAUCGCUUCAUGAAGAUGCUAGGCGGGGCUUCUCCGGAAGGAUCUAUAGCCGUGAAGUGGGCUCAGAUGCUAGAGUGUCUUAUCUCUCGGAGCUAUGGAUUAAUAAAAUACAACGUCGAGAUAUUUGGAAUUGAGGAAACAAUGGCCACUCAGACUCAGACACUGCUCGAGGAUGUGCUGCCCUCAACUGCCGAGGCACAGAGUUACGUGGACUCUCCACCCAACGCCGUCGCCAGCAGCAGCACCCCAGCAGCAUCUCGUCUACAGAAAAUAGCAGUGACAUUCCAACUGUCCGGCGUCAACUUUGCAGCCAGUGCUACAAACGGCCUCAUCGUCGUGGGUCUGCCCCAAAUGACCGCCGACCUCUCCCUACCCCCAUCCCUCGCCUUUUGGCCCUCCUCCGUGCAGGGUCUCGCGACGGCCUCGACGCUGCUGCUCGCGGGUGCCCUCGCAGACGUGCUAGGCGCCAGGUCCGUCGAUCUGCUCGGCUGCAUCCUCAGCGGCUCGCUCAUGCUGGCCUGCGGAUUCGUCCGCGCGGGCGAGCAGCUAGUUGCGCUAAGGGCCCUACAGGGCGUUGCGCUUGCGCUGCAUCUCUCGAGCUCUGUGGCGCUCGUGACGAGGACGCUGGCGCGGGGACGGGGGAGGAAUCUUGCGUUUGCGUGUCUGGGGUUGAGCCAGCCGCUGGGCUUCUCGUUUGGGCUCGUUCUUGGUGGAGUGCUGGUUGAGACUAUUGGCUGGAGAUCAGGUUGGUUUCUCUACGGUGGUAUCAAUCUUGUCUUGUCCGCUGUGGGCUUCUGGUCUCUGCCAAAGUCCGAGCCACUUGGAACGUUACAGGAUGUAAUUCAGAGCGUUGCGACAAAGAUUGAUUGGCUCGGCACUCUUCUCGCUUCAGCUUUCAUGGCACUGCUGUCAUACUUCUUAGCCAUCAUCAGCACAGAUGUGUAUCGCAUCAAAGACGCAAGCAGUAUUGUUCUUCUAAGCUUGAGUCUUGUUGCACUGCCGCUCUUUGUCGGUUGGAUGCAUCUUCAGGUGAAAAGGGGUCUACCGGCCUUGAUACCAAAUGCGUUCUGGCGGAACCACUCUUUCACCACGAUCUGCGUAACCAUAGCCUUAUCCAACGCUGUCAUAAACUCUCUAGAGCUAUUUGCGAGUCUAUUCUUCCAAGAGGUCCAGCACCUAUCAGCUCUCAAUGCAGCUCUUCGCAUCCUACCUAGCGUCGUGGUGGGUAUAGCACUCAACUUCACAACAGGCUUGGUUGUCCACAGGAUCCCUGCUAUAUGGCUCGUUGUUAUCACAUCUGUCCUCACAGCAAUCUCGCCUCUGCUCAUGGCACUCAUCGACCCCGCGUGGACGUACUGGACAGCUGCAUUCUUCGCACAGGUGCUCAUGCCCUUCUCAGCAGACGUCCUCUUCACUGUGGGUCUGAUAGUAGUCACUGAAACCUUCUCCGAGGACAAACAGGCGGUGGCCGGGUCAGUGUUCAACGCAGCGUCCCAGUUUGGAAAUGCCAUGGGUUUAGCCGUGAUGCAGGUUAUAUCAACCCUUGUAAGCAAGCAACAUGCAGGAUCGAAGCCAGCUGAGGCUCUUCUUCAGGGCUACAAGGCAAGUUUCUGGGCCAUGUUCUCAUUCAUGGUUCUCUGUGCUCUCAUUGGAGGCGUCGGCUUGCGCAAGGCCGGCAAGGUCGGUCUGAAGCAAGAGUAA